UAAACAUUUUUUCUUCAACUCAGUUCUCUAUAUUCAGACGAAAAGAAUUGCAUAUUUAUUAGAUCACCUGCGUUUUCUCUCCGAUAAAUUGCAUUAAAAAGGAAGCAAAAAUCGUUAUUACUUGUUAAGAACGCGAAAAAGUUUGUUUGCUUUGCAUUAAUACAUAUUAUGAGCGAUUGGGCGAAAUCACAGAAGAACCAAACAAAUAAAAACAUUGAAAAAAUGUCCGAUGACGCAUCUAAGUUUUUGGGAGGCAUCUUGGGCGACAUCAGCUCCAGAUCGGCAUAUGCACAAAUUGGCAUUGGAGCUGCUGCUGGAUGGGCAACUGGCUUUGCCACAAUGAAAGUUGGCAAAUUUGCCGCCUUUGCUAUUGGCGGUGGCAUCAUACUCAUGGAGAUUGCACAUCAAGAGGGCGUGAUUGAAAUCGAUUGGUCCAAGAUUUGCCGAAAAUUGGACAAAGUUACCGAUAAAGUAGAGGAGGCUGUUACCGGCCAGGAAAAAUCAUGGGUGGACAAGGCCGAAAGGUCAUUGGACCGCAAGUUAGAUCGUGCCGAAGAGCUACUCAGGAACAAGACAAAGAAGGCCAAGAAAUGGUACAGCUCUCUCAUUGGCGACGAGAAUGGUCCAAAAAUAAAUGAUUUGCACAUUUUCCUAACUGCCUUCGUAGGUGGUGUUGCAUUGGGCAUUGCGAGCUCUUAAAUAGUAAUCACAUGCCAUGAAAGUAAUUGCAUAAAUGUGGAUUUUGAAGUGAUUUAUUUUUCUCCCUUUUUCGUCCUUAUUUCAUUUCCCCCUAAACUCCUGAUUUCCAGCACUUAUUUAAUAAUUACAAAGGAUAUUUAUAAUUUAUAUGUAUGUAAUAUUUCUAAAUAUUAAUGUAUGUUUUAAACUAGUAUUAAAAUGCGUUCAAUCGAAUAAAAACCAACAAAAAUAUACCUAAA